AUGGACAUUGCAGUCCCCAACAAAAAGCUGAAGAUGGACAGCAGUGAUGCGACCAUCCCUAGCGUGGCGUCACUUCUGGCAAGGAUUGCGGAGCUCGAGCAAGAACUACUACAAACGAAGCUUCUUCAACAAUCGCAGGCCUUCAAACCACGCUGUAAUGGCCUUGACAGGAAACCGUCCAGCAUUACAGCUAUGAGAACAAGCGUCCCUGGGAUUGGCAUGCAGGACGAAGCGAACAAACAGUCCAACCGAUUAAUCACUUGUCCACCGGCUGUUGUUGCCCAUGGCGAAGCGUCAAAAUGCGCCUGGAAUCGCUAUCUGCUCAGAAAACCAGAGGAAAACAAACACCCGGCCACCACCAGCGCCGAGGCCGCACUGGAGUGUGCCAGAAAAAACAACCUUGACAUGGAUGAAAUCGACCGCACCAUGUUCUGGAGGCCGUCCUACGAGACCACCAUCUCAUGCGGCUUUGUCGCCGUCGAUCUCAAGAAACACCUUGUCCUGAGUGUCUACAACAAGAAGCUUGGAAUAUACCAGCUUCCCAAGGGCAGGACGCAGAUCAAUGAAAGUUUUCUCAAAGCCGCCAUACGAGAGACGAUUGAGGAGUCAGGCGUUGUGGUCACGCCUCUUCCGCUCUUGAACUGGACCAGGGCGAACCCCGAGGACGAGUGUGACGCCACUCAGACCAAUGGUUCUACGAGGCAGCAGUCCCCUCCUGUAGUGCAGUCGUGCCCUGACAAACAGGUUGUCUCUGACACCCUCAACAACGAGUUCAUUGGCGUGGUCGAGUACAUGGACCCCCAGGUGUCCACUCCUAACACGCACAAAUCCAUUUACUACUUCGCCGCCAGCUUUGAUGUUGAGGCCCACGAGGCUGGCACCGAGGGCAAAUGCUACGAGGAAAAGUUCAUCCCAUGUGCCUACAGUCUGGAAGACACGCUCAAGGUGCUACGGUUCAAGGCAGACCGGGAUGCUGUCACCAAGCUGGUGGAGGACCUUCGCCUGACAAGCAUCGCAUUUUGA